AUGGGUCUCGAAGUUGAUGAUGGGGACAUUAAUAAUCUCAUCGAGGAACACUCAGAAAAGCUGAUGACAGAUGAACACCUGCAGCUUCAAGAGCAGCAGCAUUUGGAUGCAGUGGAAGAGAUUGGUUGCCUGGAGGAGGACAGUGUAGCAGAGAAUGCUAUCUUUAUGAUUCUGAGCCAAAACCGAGCAUCCUUGGUUAAUAGAAAGUAUGUCAUCUUCCAUCAUGAUAAUGCUCGUCCUCACACAGCUCGACUGACCAAAACUCUCUUGGAAGAACUUGGUUGGGAAAUACUGCCUCAUCCUCCAUAUUCUCCUGACCUUGCUCCUUCUGAUUACCAUUUGUUCCGAGGACUACAGAACCAUCUUGAUGGACUUAGGUUAGCAACAAGAGAAGAGACUGAAAACGUGUUGCAUUCAUAG